AAGCAGUUAAACGUUGUUGAGCCUCUCUGGUGUAAGGAUCCUUCUAAGGUAAGCACUACCGUUUUACCAAUAUACCCCUGAAAUGUGUGAUGCCGCACAACUAUUACCUGCUUAUGUGUAUUGAACGGAACACGCGGUAGCAUAAACAUGAGCAUUUCCGCUGCUUUUCCUGUGUUGUAUUUAUAAGCACCAUACGAUGUGAACAUUAGUAAGAAGUAGAAGCGAUCGCUGGAAUAAGAGCUUGAUUCGCCUGACCUUUCGGACUCUCGCUCGAACCCAUCACCAGUGACAAUUACUGACCCGCAUCACACACACUUCGACCACCGGCUCGCUAUCACUUAAGUUGCAAUAGGGAUUAGUAAUCAAGGUGAAGGGAUCUUCUGCCGACUUAUUUAUUCUUCUUCUAGUCUUGCCUUGGACCUCUCUCUGAAGUUUUCGUAGCCAGACACAACAGCAGGUAACAAUGCUGACGAAAUACCGACAGAGACGAAGGAUAUUGGAAUGAUCAUUUUGACUAGGUCGGCCAACAACCUCUUGCGCUCGCAAGUAAAUACAUUGUCUGGGCAAAAUGAUAUUGACAGCAAAUACAUUCUGCAAGUAAGAGUAGAUUUACUUGGCAAAACUUUGCUGCAAAAACGUUAUUUUUGAUGUGUCACUGGACCAUGCUCAAGGUAAAAGAUCCUUGGUCGAGAAAUCGGACUACGGGCAAGGAUACUUUCUUUUUGGUCCUUCCCCAGGGAGAAAUUAUCAACAUGUGGUAGUUAGUGUGUGUUUUCCAGAAUUGCCUAUGGCAGAGUGGAAGUUUGCUAUUCUGAUAGAUUUCUUUAUUGUUAUUCGUUUGCUCGGAUUUUCAGGCCGGACUUUGCGUCUGCGCUCGUAUUCAUGACCAUGCUUCCCUUUUUAACCAAAAGUGCGUCCUCACUAGGUCAGCGAGGAGGAGUACACAUCGUUCUACCAAUUCCUUUCCGGGAACGCCUUUGACGUACCACGUUAUCGAACGACUUUCCAGACCGACUCUCCUAUAA